ACAAUUGUAAGUGAGAAACAUCCCGCCGCCGCGCGCAGGAAUCCUCACGCGCAUCCUAGCUGAUAUGACCAACAAAAGCGCAUAUUAGUUUUACAAUCACGGAGCCCUGUUAUCUCUCGGGUUUCUCCAGUGCAACGGAGACGACACACUUCUCUCUUUCCUGCAUUUAAACUCCACUCCACCACUCGCCUCGGCUGCCUGCAUCUCUCUGCUCCGUCCAGCGGUGGUCUCACGUCGGACUAUUGGAUUUGGGUUGACACCUCGGGGACAGAGGGAAGGGGUCUCCGCCAUGGAUUCUGACUUUUUAAACACUUAAUACAAACCCAGAUAUUGCAAUAAGACAGCAUUCGAAUAGUUGAGAUAGCUGCGCGUUAGGUCGCAUCUCUUCCAGUGCUUCUUCACCGAACGGGAUGGUUCCAGCGCCGCGCCGCGUGGGGUGAGAAGAUCUUGCAAGACCGGGAAGAAAAGCGAGAGAUCGAGGGAUUAUGGCACUCUACGCGCUCUGUCUUUUUUUACUGACGCUCACCUGCACGAACUUUGCCCUGGUGACUGCGGCCAGGCACGCGGUACACUGGAACAGUUCAAACAUACUACUUCGUAAGGAGGGCUACACGUUGCAGGUGAAUGUCAACGACUAUCUGGACAUCUACUGUCCUCACUACAACAGCAGUCAGAGGGGCAUCGCGGAACAGUAUGUGCUCUACAUGGUCAGUUAUCGCGGUUACCGGACCUGUGAUCCACAGCUAGGCUUCAAGCGCUGGGAGUGUAACCGUCCUCACGCCCCUCAUGCUCCCAUCAAAUUCUCAGAGAAGUUCCAGCGCUACAGCGCCUUCUCGCUCGGCUACGAGUUUCACGUUGGCCAGGAGUAUUAUUAUAUCUCCACACCCACUCAUCACCACGGCCGGAGCUGCCUGAGAUUAAGAGUGUACGUCUGCUGCUCAACAGCGUCUGAUUCAGAUGAUGAGCCUCAGCCUACAGAGCCAGACUACACUCUGAGACCUAACAUCAAAAUCGACGACCUCGAUGACUAUGAUAAUCCCGAGGUUCCCAAACUGGAGAAGAGCAUCAGCGGCAGCAGUCCAUCCAGAGACCGGCUUCUCCUAACAGUGGCUUCACUUCUCCUUAUAGCCCUCUCUGUAUCCUAGCAUCAACCUCCGAUAUGCCACCAUACCAACGAGGCCUUGAGGAGGGGGGAAUGAAAGGUCCAGGGCCGAUAAGUUUGAGUAUUAAGACUCAGAUUGGAAGAGGAAAUAAAGCGAACACUUGAUGCUGCAGGAGCUUACAGAGUGUCAAGCACCAGCCCACAAUUCAACAGUGGAUAUCAUGUCUUACAACAGCGACACACUUUGCAUGUCGCUCAGACAAUACUAAUACACCAUAAUGAGAACUGUGCCAUUUCAGUUACAAUAGAGUGUGGAUUGAGUGUGUGAUGUGUAUGUGUGUGUGUUGGUGUGUUUAUAUGUGUUUGUGUGGCGCCAUGUGGAUGGAGAAAAUCUUUCCUUUGGUUUGAAGGCUUGAUAACUCCAUUUUGGCCAAGUUUACAACUUGUAUUAAUCUGACCACAGGUGGAUGGAUCGAAAUGCACGUGUAAAUUGGAUCUGUAAUGUUGUCAGCUUCUCCACUUUUGACCACUUCUUGAGGUAGUUGAAAACGAAUUUGUUUAGAUUGCUUUCAUAGUGUGAAUGCUUUAAUGAACAAAUCUGUGUAGAGGGAAACCUGGAUUCUAAAAUCUGUAUCUGACUUGAAUCGCUACUUUCCCAAACUUAACAUGUAUGGUUUAAAAAAAGAAAAGCUGACCCAAGAUAGACCUUAUAGACAAACUCAUAAUUUUAAGGAUAAAGUCUAUGGCCCAAUCCCAGUUCUACCCCUUAGCUCUUCCCCUUACCCCUACCACUCAUUUUGUGCAUUUCCGUGAAGCGUUAGGGAUGUCUUAAUUCUCUUUAGCUUGAAGGCGUAGGGCUAAGGGGAAGGGGUAGAUAGCCCAUUCAAACUGAGAUUUUUCAGGACCACACU